AUGUACAACACAAUGUUUGAGAACAAAAGCGCCACAAAGAUUGUUUUCUCACAGUCUUUGGAGCAAUAUCUGUUCCUGAAGAAAGUCAAGCACGAUGCAAUCAUCAACAUUUACAAGCUAAACCUCCAAAAGAAAUAUCUGGUCACAAAACGCCUUCUUCCAUUCGACUUUGUAUUCAAGACAGAAACAACCGAGUUCAACAAAUACAUCUUCUUCAAGAUUGCUGAAGCAUUGCAGUUUAUCCACUCCAGGUGCGGUGUGGUACACAGAAACAUUCAGAAAGAGAGCCUCUUCUUCACUGAAGACGGUGGGAUUAUCCUUGGAGGAUUCGAAAGAAGUAAAGAAAGUAACGAUUUUGGAGAAGAUUACAUUAUGUUCAGUAGCCUUACAAGCAAACUGCUAGGAAUAAAUGCAUCCUUUGCUGAUUUCAUCGGUAACAGGGGAUUUGGAUCUGAAAUGUUUUUUGACAUGGAAGUUGCGUUUUUUGGCUACAGAUCAUACACUACAGACCAGAAGAUGGAGUUUAUGGAAAGCAUAAGAAGAAACGAGGCAAUGCUGAUUGAUAUAUACAAGCACAGAAUAGCAUGGAUGAUUCUUGGAGACAUUAAAGAAAAAUGCUCCAAGGAGCUCAAGAUGCAUGCUGUGGAUUUUAUAUUGAGCUUGGAACUGUGUGGCAUUGAUAAACUCUUAACUGCGUUAUUCCAGAUGCUUGAUACAAACGUCAGGUUCUAUCUGCUAAGGAACUCUGGAAAAUACAUCGGGGAAAUAUCAACACUCGAUCCAAUUGCUGGCAGCCUAUCUCUUGGGAUAAAGUGCAAAGACAAGCAGCUGAGGGAAGAGACCAUUGUUUUCAUCAGAGAUAACAUCUCGCUGCUGUCUCAAAAGCAGCAAAUUGAAAUUCUUGGCGUAAUGCAUGAUUAUGUAUCCGAUGAGCGAGGAAUGAUGCAUGUUGUUGCGUUUAUACAGUCAACAAAACAUGUUUUCAAAAAAACAGAUGCAAUAUACAAGAUCCUGUGCAAGUGCUUGGUGCAAUCGAAGUACAAGAAUGUGGUGAUAUCUGCAAUAGAAAACUUCUAUGAGAGCUUUGACAACUUCAAGAUGACUACGGAGUUGCUACCGCUGCUAUGCGGACAUUUGUCUGAUAGGCAAAUACAGACAGAUGUCUUUCUACUAAUAGAGAAGAUACUUCGGCAUCUUAAGGAGCAUAAGAGUGAAAUAAUCAGCCAUGAGUGGAAAAUCGGAAAUAUAACGAGCAUGUUCAAGCCAAGGGCGAUUGACGAGAAACUCUUGGCCACAAGCCUAAGCCAAGCAGUCCUUGACGGCUCUAACUCACUAAAUAGCGAUUCCAGCGAUGCAGCCGCCAAUGCAGCUUAUAGGGAAACACCGCUAUCUGAUUGGGAUGAUCCUUGGUGA